AUGGCCUUAAACAAUCUUCAAGGCAAUGGUGUUUUUUUGGCUCUUCUCGUUUAUGUGGACGACAUUAUCGUCGCCACAAUUAACACAUCUGCCUUAACCAAAUUCAUCACUACCCUUGAUGCACAAUUCAAGUUAAAAGACCUUGGCCCUCUCCAUUUCUUUCUCGGUCUAGAAAUUGCACGAUGCCCUCAAGGCAUCUCUGUAUCUCAACGACCAUUCACUAUUCAAUUGCUCAAAGAUUCUGGCUGCCUUGGUUCAAAACCAGUGUCCACUCCCAUGGAACCAAACAUUAAACUUAGCACUGAAUCAGGGGACUUACUACCAAACCCAACUCAAUAUCACAGCCUCAUUGGCAAGCUUCUAUACCUCACAAUAACACGGCCUGAUAUAAGUUUUGCCGUAAAUAAAUUGAGUCAAUUUUUACAAUCCCCUCGACAACCUCACUUGACUGCAGCCACAAGAAUUUUACACUACCUAAAGAAUUCUCCAGGGCAGGGCCUAUUUUUCCACGCAUCAUCAUCAUCACCACUCCAGCUCAAAGCUUUUGCUGAUGCUGAUUGGGGAGCAUGCCUCGACACCAGACGCUCCAUCUCUGGCUACUGUGUAUUUCUUGGCAAAUCCUUAAUCUCCUGGAAGUCAAAGAAACAGCCCACGGUUUCCCGCUCCUCAGCCGAAGCAGAGUACCGGGUAAUGGCCAAUGCUACGUGUGAACUAACCUGGGUCAUCUCCAUACUGAAGGAUUUUCACACCAACAUUCAGCUGCCUUCAACUCUUUUUUGUGACAAUAGCGUAGCAAUCCACAUUUCAGAAAAUCCAGUAUACCAUGAGAGAACUAAACACGUCGAAAUCGAUUGCCAUAUCGUCCGAGAAAAGAUCACCAAUGGCACUCUCAAAAUGAAUCAUGUUUCAUCCAAAGCCAAUCUUGCAGACAUCCUAACAAAACCACUCUUUCCUGCUUCCUUCAACGAAAUUUUGUCCAAGAUGGGUGUUCGAGAUCUCUACACUCCACCUUGA